GCAGGAUCCACUGAUUCCGCUCAGUUCAGCCGUGUUCCGUUGCUCGGCCGGUGGUGGACCUUGCCCCGGGCUGCAUGGGAAGGCGAGAGAACGUUUUAUGGAGAUGCGGAGGAUAACGCAAGGCGUCUGACGGUUGGGGAAAAGCAAAGAGAUCGUUAAGAUUAAUCAUUGAGCUGGAUGAGAGGACGACGAGGGCUGUUCGGAGGAGCAUCAUCUGUAACAAGCCAUCGUUUUGAUACUACGUCUAGCGUAGAGCCACAUUUUGUAAGCCCUCCGUAAAUAGGUUUUAGAUAUCAUAGUAAAAUAAUCAUUUGCGAUUGCAGGUUUUAUGAUCUCGAAGCCACAUGAGACAAAUCGACAAGGUUGUUAUUUGCAGACACUGAGUGUAAAUGAUUACUGUGGACAUACUGGGAAGUUCUCGAUCGGUUUAGACGUUGACCAUAGAAACUGUUCGCGCAGAUCGCAGUAAACCCGAACUGUAAGUGGAACAGUACCGUCACAUUUGCGCACGCAUUAAAGCGUUAAAGGCUUCGUCUCCGCUUGGCCUUUAUAAACCAGCGCAUUCGCGUCCUGACCGCCCUGGCCGAGAUUCGCUCGAGGGACCCCCUCCUGACGGGAUUCUAGAAGGCCGCCCUGGCACGAGGCAGCGCGUCGCUCUCCGAGGGGGAUUGGCUCGUUCCGAGGUUGCUGAGGACAGAAGAUGUCGGGUCAGACACUGACGGACCGCAUCGCCGCGGCGCAGUACGGCCUGACGGGCUCCGAGGUGGCGCGUGCGGUUUGCAAAGCGACCACACACGAGGUGAUGGCACCAAAGAAAAAACAUCUCGAAUAUUUGAUCCAAGCAACGCAGGAAUCUAACGUGAACAUCCCGCAGAUGGCCGACACUCUGUUCGAGAGGGCAGGGAAUGCCAGCUGGAUCGUGGUCUUCAAGGCCUUGGUCACCACGCAUCACCUCAUGGUCCAUGGCAAUGAGAGAUUCAUCCAGUUUCUUGCCUCCCGGAACACCCUUUUCAACCUCAGCAACUUUUUGGACAAGACUGGCUCCCAUGGCUAUGACAUGUCCACCUUCAUCAGGCGCUACAGCAGGUAUUUGAAUGAGAAGGCCUUUGCCUACAGACAGAUGGCGUUCGACUUUGGCAGAGUGAAAAAAGGAGCUGACGGUGUCAUGAGAACGAUGACUACAGAUAAGCUUUUGAAAGCCAUGCCAACCCUGCAAAGUCAGAUCGAUGCCCUGCUGGAGUUUGACGUCCAUCCGAAUGACCUUGUCAAUGGGGUGAUCAAUGCAGCAUUUCUACUGAUGUUCAAGGAUUUGAUCAAGCUAUAUGCCUGUUACAAUGAUGGAAUUAUUAAUUUAUUAGAGAAAUUUUUCCAGAUGAAGAAAGGGCAAUGCAAAGAUGCUUUGGAAAUCUACAAAAGAUUCCUGACGCGAAUGACCAGAGUUUCAGAGUUCCUAAAAAUUGCUGAGCAAGUCGGAAUAGACAAAAACGAUAUUCCAGAACUUACCCAGGCCCCGGAGAGUCUGCUAGAGUCUCUGGAGACGCAUCUGAACACCCUGGAGGGGAAGAGGGGUGAUGAGUCACCAACUAAGAAGGGCUCCGUAGCCAGUAAUGGAACCCCCGCUGGCACGCCUACAAAGUCAGUGGAAACCAUAUCUCCACCCAACAUGGUGGCAGGUGGUGCAGGUGCAGGUGCAGCACCAAAAGCACCCGCUGCCGAACAACCAAAGGCAGCAGCGCCUGCAACAAACAACAGUGGUUUUAAUGACCUGGUGGAUUUUGAUUUGCUGGCUCCCAGUGCAGGUGCCUCAGCAGCUCCCAUGUCAUCAUGGGGAGACCUCCUGGGUGAAGCCACUCUAACAGCUCCUGCUGCAGCACCUGCUGCUAGCGCGUCCGCAGCCCUACUGCCUGAGGCCGACUCCGCGUCUAGCACAGCUGAAGCGGCCCCAGCGGCCGCUGCUAACGCUAAUGCUGACACGCCGGUGGCCCCCGCCUCACUGCCAACCCCUGCUCCUGCUGCCCCGACCUCUUCCAUUUCAGACAUGGACCUGUUCGGAGAUGCGUUUGCCCCAUCUCCGGGCGACGGGCCAGUUGGGGGCGGGGCUCCAGCAGCCGCUGCUGAUGCAUGUGCUGGAUCUGACCCUUGGGCUCCCUCUGAGGGCAGUGCGGAAGUUGUCCCAGAGCUUGACCUUUUUGCCAUGAAGCCAGCAGAGGGCAGCACAGCGGCAGAAAGCCCAGAUGGUGAGGAGCUGGGCAUAACCCCCAGUGCAGCUUCCAGUUCAGCUCCCAGUGAAGCUCCCGGUGGAACUUCCAGUUCAGCUCCCACUGCUGCCCCAGCUAGCUCCACCACCACCACCGCCUCCACCGCAGAGUCGACCGCUCCACCAGCACUGGACAUCUUUGGUGAUAUAUUUGAUUCUGUGCCUGAGCAAAGCGCCUCCACAGAGUCCAAAGCUGCCGUUACUCCCACUGCUAAUGUAGACCUGUUCGGUGCAGAUCUUCCCGCUGUCUCUCCGGGACCUUCACUCUUGCCAGAACCUUCCGUCACUGGGGACCUUUUAUCUGACUCAUUCAUUGCUCCAGCUCCAGCUCCUACGUCUCCUCCCAAAGCAGAGACUCCUGUUGUAGACCUGCUGGACGCAUUUGGGGAGCCUGCCGGCGAACCCCAGACCACCAUGGCUGCUGCUGACCUGCUCGGAGGCCUGAUUUCUCCUGUGGCCCCCGCGGUUGCCCCAAUCGGUGCAGCCCCCGUACCAUCUGCAGCUCAAGAUGACCUGCUGGAGUCAGCCUUCGACGCCUUCGCCCCUGCACCUACCACCUCCAUACCAGCUGAGGCUGCGCCUGCCUCCACAGCGCCCUCCAGAGGAUUCGACACAUCAGUGUUCGAUGGAUUAGGGGACCUGCUCAUGCCUGCCAUAACCCCCCAGAGUACAGGCGGGACCCCCAUUGCUGCCACUGGAACCCCCACAGCUCCUUCAGUAGUUCUGCCGGCUGCGCCCACAAUGAUGCCCACCAUGAUGCCCACAGCAGCACCUCCCCCCAAAGCCAUUGGCAGCGACCUGGACUCCUCACUCGCCAACCUGGUCGGAAAUCUGGGAAUGGGGAGCCAGAAAAAGGACAGUGAGAAGAAGCUCACAGGUGGAGCGAACUGGACCCCGCAGGUCGCCCUUUCGAGCUGGGGCACACCCACGGCACAGGUGCCUGGUGCCCCUGGUGCCACGACUGGCACGCCCCCUGUUGGUGCCAUGCCACCACCCAUGGGGGCCCAGUCUGGAUUUGGCAUGCCUCCCUCUGCUGGUGCAGGAGCUCCCAUGAUGCCCCAGCCAAUGAUGAUGGGCCAGCCCAUGAUGAGACCACCUUUUGCAGGAACAGCUGUACCAGGAGCCCCACUAUCUCCAGGCCCAGCAGCCCAGAGCCCCAAGAAACCUCCUACUAAGGAUCCUCUGGCAGACCUCAACAUUAAGGACUUCUUGUAAUUUCCCAGUAUCUUUGAGAUUAGGCUGAGAAAGAUGUGUCCACUGACCAUAUACACACCGAGACACUCCCUAACCACGCCCCCUGCCCUGCCCUUUCAGCUCCAUGUCAUGUUGUAGCACAAAGUGUGAAGUGAACUAUAGAGGAAAAAAAAGAACAGCAAAGGUGUGCUUAUCUUGAUGUCAUUCUUUUUUGUUUCAAUAUAAAUUAAACAAAAUCAUUCCAAAAAAUAGAAAUAGAGGGGAAAAAAUGAAAACUUAACUACGAAGGAUUACAACAAAUGCGUAUGUAUGUAGAGUGUUUUACAGUGUUGGCUUCUAUGUUUGAAUGAUGUGUGUGUGUUGAUGUCCUGUUGUGUGGUUUUUUAAGGAGAAUGGUGUUGCCUCCACCCACUUCCCCACCUUUCUCCAUGCAGGGCCACACUUCUUACUUUUAUGUCCAUUUUACAGCAGCGUGUGACGUGUCCUUUGCAGAAGGUACUUUAGUGUAUAUAAUUGGAAAAUCAAAGGUUUUUUCCUCUUCUCUAUUCUGUAUUUGUGGAUGGGCUUAUUGACGUAAAUCUGAUAAUAAAACAAAGGCGUGGUCAUCUCCCAUUAUUGGUUUAUAUACAUAUUUGUUUCUGAAUAUAACGUAAUGAAAUAUGGCAUAUGUAAUAAAUCAGUAUCCUACCUGGGCUUACAAAUUCUCUUUAUUUAUUUAUUUAUUUAUUUAUUUAUUUUAAUUUUUUUAUUUAUUUGUAAUUCUGGUUUGAAAUUGUUGUGUGGAAUCAAUGGUCUAUACAUGUCAGUGGAAUAUGUAACAGGUCUUUUUCAGAAUCCAUCAAGAAAGGAACUAUGUAAAUCAGUCACCAUAAUGUGGGUUUUGGGAUACAGUACUAAUGUUUCCUUGGUUUCCCACUGUCUAAGUCAAUGAAAUGUGGUAUUUGAUUUUCAUAACUGCUUGUGAAGUUUGGAUACCAAACAUACACUAGUAGGUAUAGUGUUAUUUUUGUAUAACUGUAGACAGAAGUAAAAAUGUUCAGUACUAUCCCCUUCAACAACAGUCAUCUACAUCCCAGUUUGUUACAUAUAAUGUUUCUGAUGAUGUUACAUAUAAUGUUUCUGAUGGUGAUUACUGUUGGUAAAGAUGGCACAUCAGCUCCGUGAUGGAAGAAGUUGCUCAUCUGAGACCAGUUGUGUGUUGGCUGAGAUUAGGAUUACUUGGCAUCAUACUGACCGUGGUUUGUGAGGAGCUAAUGUUCAGAGACAGCAGAUCUAUGUGUGUUUCCAGAAGAGGUCACUGUUAAACAGUGUUACAGCAAUGGUGUUUAGCCAGCUGUGUUGGACCAGUGGUGUCAGUCCUGUAAUGUACACUCCCACAUAGACCUUUUUCUGCUUGUCCUUCAGUCAGACGAGUAAAGCUUUGGCUAUUGUGAAAUAAAUGAUAGAAAAUGACAGAAGGUAAUCUGUCCUUUUUAUUUUUUUUCAGAUGUUUAUUUUGACUUUAUUUAUUCAUAUAUUUAUGGCACCCUGACCCAGUGCAUGUAAGCCUUUUGAGAUGCAAUAAAUACACAGAAGAUUAAAAAUG